UACUGCAACGAUAUCGAAUUCUUUAAUUCGUGAAUAGAGUGUUACGAACAAAUCAAAACAACAUACAAUAUUUUGAUUGCAUAUUGAAUAUGUGUGACUCAUCAUUUGAUUUUGCGACAAAAUUUUGCUAAAACAUCGUCAAAACAAUAAUAAAACAGAUUGUUCGUAUGGUCAACGAUCAAAACGUUUUUUCCCCAUUUCGAUGAAGUAGCACAUUGAUGCGUAUCGACGAUUGAUUGUGAAAUUGUGCAUCGCAAAAGACAGAUUUAAAAUAAAUAAAAUAAAAAAUACAAAUCUUUGAACCUCAAGCAAAAUAACGAGAGAGAGAGAGAAAGAAAGAGUGAGAAAGAAAAAAAGAAAAAAAAAGUUGAAAUCCCAAGAGCUGGAACGAAAAUAGACGACGGGGCAUUUUCAUAUGAGAAAACAGAUACAGUUCAGACCUUGUGCAUGUGCAUGCCUGUCGCAGUCUUCGUGUGUUUUUUUUAUUUCUCUUCCACUCUCGCGAUUCAUUCUCUUCAAACGCACACAUAAAUAUAUACGGUGUACACGUUCAGUCAGUGCUGAUUCGAUGGUAUUUGUUUGACCGUGUAUGCAUGUGUCGUCGCGAGCGCGGAGACCGUAUGCGAUAUUCAUAAAAGUGAUCUCAGUGUAUAUUUGUAUACAAUAUGUGGGUUGGCACAUCUAAUAUGAUUCAUGUGUCAAUUUAGUGGCCAGCACAAUUGCAUUUGGAUAUAUCAAUAUUGUUUGAAUUGAAGAAAGAGCGUGGAGACACGGAGAGAGAGAGAGAGAGAGAGAGAAGAAGAAGAAGUGUGUGUUUUCAUAAAUCUACGAUUAAUUUUUUUUUAACCAUUCAAAAACCUGUUGGACUUUAUGAAAUCAAAACUGUUGUUGCUGGACACUCAAAAAACACAUAGUAUGUGUAUAAAAAUAGAACAAAAGUUUGUUUAUUGUUCAUCAUAGAAAAGUGAUUGGUGUGCACUUCCAAGCGAUAUUAAAAUCCCAUCGAUUGCUGAAGGAGCACAAUAGAACAAGACAGCACGCACGCGAAAAAGAGAAGAAAAAAAACAUUGACUGAAUGAAUGAGAAUUCAAAUAAAACAAGACCAUUGAAAUUCUCUAGUUGAAUAAGCGCAACGCGUUCUAAUUUUAUUUCUUGUAGCGAACAGUAGUGAAACACAAAAACAUCGGAUAAUAAAACAUUAGGGACGAGAUUGUUUUAUUUUUUCUCUCUCUUCGGUGAUUGUAUAUCGUGCGAGACACACGCAUAUAUUCAAUACGCACGUAUGUGUAAAUAAAAGAAGAAAAAAAAAACACAAAUUCAAAUAAAAUCUACCAAGUUGUUAUCGUUGACAAUUUCAUUAUAGAACAAACGAAUUGAACAGUGACAAAAAAAAAGUAACAACAACAGCAGAAGCAACAAACGGAGAAGUCUCUGUAUCUUUUCUCAAGGCGUUUUUGCCAGUGGAAUAAUAUCAACGGAAGACAAUAAUAAAUUCAAUAGACAACAGAGAUUUGUCGCAUAUACUGUGUCAAUUACGUGUCGGUCCGAAUAAAAAUGAUUUGGAUGUUACAGACCAUAAUUCAACAAUAUAAAACCAAUUGAACGAGAUUUCACCAAAAAGCACCAACGAAUAUUCUUGCGUAAUUUCAACAGAGAAUCGCACGACCGAAGAUAAUAAACCAACAGAAAAAAACACAUACGAAUAUAAAAUCGGUUUUUUUUGUUUUUGUUUCGAAAAGAGAACAGCGACAAAUUUAGUGGAAAAUCACACAUGGAGAGAAUUUUUUUGCGGUCGUCAAAGGCUGUCUCUUUCUUCAUUGCCAUAUGAUGUGCGCGUGUGAUUAAAAGCAAUCGAGAGAAAAAAAAUAGUUGCAAACAAAAAAAAACUUUAUACUCAAAAUUCAAUGUGGAAAAUAUCAAACGAGAAAAAUUAUUGAGUUUGUGUGCUUUUUUUAUUGAGCAAAUUUCCAUUUAAAUUGUUCCCAUUCACGGCCUACCGAAACGGAAUGUUGCUCAAUGAUAAAAAUAGUGCUAUUUCAAGAAACUGAGAAAAAACAACAACAACGGACGGACAUACACACACACACACAAUAAAUGCGAAUAUCAAAUCAAUCAAUUGUUCGUACGUUGUGCGUAAAAGAGAAUAAACGGCGACCAUAUAAAUUACGAUCGAAAGUACAUUAUAUUCGAACAAAAUAAAAAAAACGCAUCUUGUCUUCUCUAUUUUGCGUUCAUCGUCGUGUGUGUUAGCGCGAUUCUCCGUGCAUGUUUGAAAACGAUAUGUGCAACAUUAUUACAUAUUCACCGACAUACUAAUUGGGUGCAUUUGCAAAAAUCAUACACGAUUGAUUUCAACUCUCUUCCAAAGCACAAAGAUUAAGUGGGAGAGGGAGUCAACAAAUCGAGAAAGAAAAAAUUAACGCACGCACAAAACACUCACACACAUAUAUAAAAUACUGAAAAAGAUGUGGAUCGACAGUGUGAUUGAAUACGAUAUAAUCGUUGAGACGUUAACUGGCGCCGAAAUUGAAGUCACCGUCACCGAUGAUGAUACCAUUGGAUACAUCAAAACUCACAUACAAAAAUACGAAGGCAUUCCGAUUCGACAGCAGCAUUUAAUCUAUAAUCAACAUGAAUUGAGCGAUGCGACCGAGGUAAAAGAUGUGCCACCAAAUGGACUGAGUCAUGGAUCACGUUUAAAAUUGGUGCUCGGUCUAAAGGGUGGUCCCGUUUCGGCACAACGGCGUCUCGUUAAAAUGCCUGAUCUUGACACAUGGUUCGAUUUAAAUUCUGCUAGACAAGAUCAAUUCACGAUAUCGUCACCGGGUGUGAAAUUACUCGUUUACAAAGACUGCAAAAAGAAUGUGCAUCGUGUGAAAUUGCGAACCGAUCGUAAAAAUUUAAACAAUCCAAAUACAGAGAAUGCCCUUGAUUUAUCGGUUGAUGUGGACGAUCAAUUUCUCAAGGAUAAUCUCAAUACAAUGGAGAAAAUGCAUCAAUUGCGUACGCAAUUGGAAUUGAAAAAACGUGAUAAAGGGACAAAGCUUUUUAAUAAAUCCAGCACAGUAAAAUCGAUAAAUGGUGAUAAUGAAUGCGGUAGCAACAAUGGUGGUAGCAGCAACAACACCACCGCUGGAAUCGCCACUACUAGAAAUAUCAAUAAUUUCAGCAAAAAUCUGUUUAGCGCAAAUCCAAUCCAUUUUAAAUUCAAAGAUGAAUUGUCAAAUGGUAACGAUGACAUUGGAGCGAUUGGUGGUAGAAGUAUUGGUGGUGAUACUAGUACAGCAGGAACAGCUGUAUGUAAAUUGGAAGCAAGUACAUCGAAAACGCCUAGAAAAUAUAGUCGACGAAUUUAUUUACCGCCAUUAAAAGGGUUCAUCGAAAAUGCAACGACUUUAAAGAAAACGAAUCGAAGCGACACCGAAAGCCUUGUACUGACUGAUAGCAAUGUAAUAGGUAGUAAGCAUCAAAUGCCAAAUGAAGUGAGCCCAAUAUCAUCACCACCAUCAUCGGCGGCAUCGUCUUUGAUGCGUCAAGAUGAUGCAAUUUGGCCGGCAAAAGUGAUAAAUGAAACGCCGAAAUCCAAACGAAAGCUCACAAAAUCAAAUUGGAUUCAAAAUCUAAUUGAAAUCAUGAAAACGUCCAAAGUGCCACUGUCGCCCGGUGAACUCAUCGAAAUCAAAGAAUCAUUUGAAAGUAUCAGAGAAUCGAUGGGCAGAGACAGACCAAAUUCACCAGCAACCGAUAAAAAUACCACAACCACCACCACCACAUCUGCUGCAGCCUACAAACAAUCACCGUUUGAGGCAAUGUUAUCGAACUUUAACAAAGCAACUACCAUUACUUCGGAAUCGUAUCGAUCAAAAAUUCGUGACAACAUUCGACGAAAUCGAUCAUUCAAGGCUGUUGGUAGUAGCAAUGAUUUGAUUAUUGAAGAAAAUCGGCGAUCGAAGUAUUCAGUGAAUCCGGUGAGCAAAUCAAAAAGUGGUCAUCAUUUUAUAUCGAAUCGAUCAAUGGAUGAUUUACCGGAGUCAUCGGUAUCAAAUCGCUCCGGUUCAUUAUCAUCACUUCGUUCGUUCAGUAGUAAUAGCGCCGCCUCGGUAUCACAAUUAAUAGAUUUAAAAUAUCCCGUUGAAUCGGAUAGUACUCAUAGACUGUAUUCAAGACGAUUGACUGCACCAAAAUUCACAAGUAAUGGUUUCGAAAAUAAAUUAUACUUUGAAAAGCAAAGCGGUCAUCAUUCAAACGGACUGAAUCGAUGCGAUGAACGAAAAUCAUUUACAAAUGAAUUCCAAAAAUUUAAAUCAAAUCCAAAUGCAACCACAUUCGGUCCAACAACGGCCAAAGCAAUUGCUGACAGCAGCUCAUUCCGUGUUUAUAAAAUGGCAGCUGAUGCCAAAAAUUACGAGCUUCCAAAGUUAUUAAUUCGAGAAGGAUCACCGAUCGAAUCAUUCCAUUCAUCCGAUACUCAAUUAGAAACGAUGGCACUUCGAUGUGAUUCACCGAAAAGUAUGAUUGCAACAACACCGGACAGUGCAAUAGACAUAUCAUCAAGUGCGGCCCCGACCAAAUCCGUUCCGGUUCAAUUGAAUACCGUUUUAACGGCAACCACCGAUAUGAUGGAACCGAGCACAUUGAAUGAAUCAACUGAAUUAGAUACACUAUUAUACGAUCAUGGAAAUAGUCUUGAGAUGAGUUUUCAUGAUGCAGCCACCGAUCCGGUGGAUGGUGCAUCAUUAGUUAGCAACAGUAGCAGCAAUAAUGGUAGCUAUGAAUUAUUGCAUAAUUCAAAGCCAUCAAUUAGUCAAACAAAUGAAUUUCGUACAAUGUUCGGUAGUAGCCCGUUGUUAAAUUAUAAUCCAGUCACAAAUAAUUCACGUUGUCUCAAUAAUAUACCGUUGAAAUAUCGUCGUGGCUAUAGUAAUUUAAAUGAUGCAUGUUUAUCGAGUAGCACAUCAAAUAUCAAAGAUAUUUUACGUUCGAAUCGAUGCGCCAAAGAAACAUUGCGUACGGUAGCUAAAUCAACAACAAGCACGAAUAAUAUUGGCACAUCAAGUGGCAAUAGCAUAAGUCAGGAGAUUUUUUCAUUUUUACAAAAUCAAAAUAAUGCACCGGCCGACUAUGUACGCAGCUACGAAAAUUUAGAUCGCACGAAAAUAAUUCGCAUGAAAAAUGAUGGCAAACGAAUAAUGGGAAAUACAAAUUACGGUUAUGCCGAAGGUGAUACGGUGCCAAGCUAUUCGAAUCGUAGCCAAAUUAGUAGCAGCAGUUGUAGCAAUAAUUCACAAGAUUGGCGCUAUGGUAAAUCAUUCGAUGAUGAAAUGAAAGAGGAAGACGAUUCAACCGAUUAUAGUUAUUCAAAUUUAGCAUAUGAUAAUGCUGAUAUGAGCGGUCCGCCAACAUUUUGGAACACAAGCCAAGAACAAAAAUAUCAAUCCGAUGAUAGUUUAUUUAAUAUAAAUUUUGAUGCCACUGACGAUGAAGUCUUUCAAAUUGAUUCGUUGAAUUUGUUGGGUGUAACCGAUUCACCACAGUCGGAACAAAGUUUCUUUGGUGAUGAAGAUGCAAUUGUCGCAACCGCAACGAAUGAUUGUCUGACUGGCCGAACGAAAAGUAAACCAAUCGAAAAGAAUGAAAAUCAGGUAGAACAAGGACUGCUUGUGCCGGAAAUUCCAAAUUUAAUGAGUUUAAGCGAUGGUAAUCUAUUAAAAAUUGAACGUAACCAAUGCAAUACGGACACAAUUAAAGUACAACCGCGUAAAAAUAGACUCGAUAUACAUUCAGCAUGUGAUCUAAAUCAGGUGGAUGGUAAACCACCAAUAAAUAAUACAAAGUCAUUAUUACCAAACAAUAAAACAACAACAGUGGUUGACAUUAAACCGUCAUUAUUAUCAACAGCAUCAUCAUUACCGUCAUCAAGUGCCACAGGAAAUCCACGUUGUGCCCAGUGCAACAAAAAAUUAGGCAUUAUUAUGGUAAUGAAAUGUCAUUGUGAGAGAAUUUUUUGCGCCAAACAUCGAUAUGCUGAAGCUCACAGUUGUUCGUAUGAUUUCAAAAAAGAAGGACAAAAAUCCAUAGCCAAAGAAAAUCCACUCGUUGUUGCGAGCAAAGUGACGAAAAUUUAAAUUCUCCUCACGAUCCACGGAAUCCAUCAUGUGGAGUCAUGUGGAAUGUGUGUAUGUGUAAGAGAGCUAGUCUUAUCGUAUGUCAUCUGAUUGAUUGAUUUCGAAAGAAUCGUUGAAGUGCUCUGGAAGCGAAAAGAUACAACUAAAACGAUAGAAAGACAGCGAAAUUCUUCAUUUCAACUAAAACAACAACAAAAAAAAAUAAACAAAAAAUCACAAGAAGAGUUAUAAAAAAAAAGUCACAGAAAAUGCAUUGAAACCGAAUAUUUAAAGAAUACUUUUGAAUGGAAUAUUUAGGUUAAUUUGUUUUUUCCACGCAAAUAAUUUCUAAUUUAUUUUUAUUUAAUUUUUAUUUUAAUCUUUUGAAACUAAAAAAAACAACAACUAUAUAUUCAUGUUAUUUUAUCAAUGUGAAAUCGAUGGACCCGAAUCGCCGAUGGAACGAAAAGGCUCAUUAUUAAUUAGAGUAAAUGUACUAUCGCAUUUUCAUCUAUGCGUACGCGAAACUUGUCCAUAAUUUUGGUGCUUUCACAAUUCGGUUGUAAACUCAUAGCACAUAAGCAUAUAUAGAGAAAAAAAAAACGUUGAAAAAAAUGAAAGAAAAACAAUGCUUACAUAAGUUAUAUUAUAAAUAUUUAUAUUUACAAAUAAUACUUAGCUUUUGGUGAUUAUUUACUAGAUGACAAGGCAGAGAUAAAGAAAUCAAUCCCAUAUGAAAUGAACAAUGUAUGCUUUUAUUUUUAUGCCGGCAAUUUUGGGAAUGAAUUUCAAAAAAAGAAAAAUACACAUACAUAUAAAUAUUAUAUAUACAAAAGAAAUUGUAAAUGAAUCGGCCCUUCAGCUAAAAAUAUAUAACACUUGAUAUUCUAUUUCAAUUCUUAUUUAACCAACAACAGAAUAUUAUAUAACACCAGCGCAAAAAACGAAACUUUAUGAUUAUUCUAUUUUUAUGAGUUGGAAUUUUAAUUUUUUUUUUAGUUUUUUUGGUAGUUUUUGAUUGCAUGUUCUAAUAUCAAAAGAUUGGCAAGAAAACAUUUUUUAAAAAAAUUAAUAAAAAGGAAGUAAACAAUUUAUAAAUUAGCUUAAUAUGCAAGAAAAGAAUGUUUUUUGUGAAGAUGGUUUUUAUAAAGGAGAUUUAAUAAAAUUGA